GGCCGGAGGAGAAUGUACUGUACCGGUAUCUAUAUGCCAAGUAUGAUUUCAUGACGGACCGGGAUUGCGCCGUUAGAAGAUCAGCAAUAGCUGCAGCUGUCACAAACCACCCACACACACACACACACACACACACACACACACACACACAAGGGAAGACUAAUGCAAGAAUCUCCCCGACCAUCCCUCUUUCUCCGUUUGACAAUACAAUAAACAUUUCAUUCAUCUAUGAUCCAAAGAUUGAAAGCCUUUCUAAUCAUCAACCUCAAAAGAGUGGGUCCCGAAAGACUCACUGGCAGGCUAUAGGAGUCCAGCGUGGCAACGAUGGGAGAUGUGAUGGCACUCAUUCAUCACUAGUAACCUGGCCCAUCACAUGGACUGACUAUCGCGGAUUCAGCCGCGAGGCGAGUCGACAUGCGCUAAUGUCCAUUACUCAUCAUGGUCUCUCACUUAGUUACGAACUAACUGACUGACUACUGACUUGUCAACUACCCCGCUAAUCAAGCCUGAUCCUCGGCUCCAGCUAUCAAGCUCACCUGUGUACUCGAGCCGCCUUUUUU